AUGGUUUUCGGUUUACUCGAAAUGUCUAGAAUUUUCAUCAACUUGAUGGCAUUUCAAAUGGAUAUGUUAUACAUAAAUUGCGUUUGUGUCUUAAAGGCUUGUUUCAAAGAAAUCAACGAUAAUCUGGAGACUCUGCCGGAGAUUGUGAUGAAUAAUCCUAGAUGGAUCUAUCAUGAGCAGAAACAUCCGUUGCUGAUAAAACUUAAGAUUCUGAAGAAACAGCAUCUGAAGAUAAGUGACACAGUGAAGAUGCUUAACAUGAUUUUCAGUCUGCAUCUUCUCGUUACCAUAGCAUUAUCCUUUAAGCAGAUAAUAUUCUACUUGUAUUUAAAUGUAAUACAAUGGCAAAAUGGGAUAUCCUUAAAUCGAGACAGGAUUUAUAAUGUGUUUUUCAUAUCAGUAUUAAUAUAUUUUUCCACAAAAUUAACAUUGAUAGUGUGGGCUUGCGAAACCGGCAAAAAUGAAGCGAUAAAAAUUAGCACUACCAUUCACGAUGUGCUUAAUAGCAUAAAAAAUGUGCAAAUCAAAGAUGAGUUAAAUUUGUUCUCCUUGCAAAUACUGCAUUGCAAUAAUACAUUCUCCGCGAAAGGUCUCACGGUAGAUGCAACGUUGCUCACUGUGAUCGUGAGUAGCGUUUCCAUGUAUCUGUUAAUCUUAAUACAAUUUUUGAUCUUGUCGCAUUCUUGCGACAAUAAGACAGAUGCAAUUAAUUAUACACAAGCAAUUUAA